GGCUAAAGGCUAACCGACAAUAGUGGACCUCGAGCUCUGACGGACCUGAGUCUGUGGGCGUUACUUUGCAUGCAGAAUGUGGGGCAUUUGCAGCAGAACGUUGGUAAAGGUGGGGAUGGCGAAACCCUGUUGCUUAGUGAAACCAAAUCACUUGGUGAAGCCUGUAUCAGCAACUCGGGUUGCUGGUAGAUACCUUACCCACCAGCAGGGCCUGCCUCGUCUGCCUGUUCCCCCACUGCAGCAGACCUGUGAGCGCUACAUCACCGCCCUGGAGCCUAUUGUGGAGGUGGAUGAGCUGAAGUACACGAAAGAGCUGGUGCAGGAGUUUCAGAAAGCAGGAGGGGUUGGAGAGAGACUGCAGAGAGGCCUGGAAAAGAGAUCACGCAAUACUGAGAACUGGUUGUCAGAGUGGUGGGUAGGGGUUGCUUAUCUUGAAUAUCGGUUGCCUGUGGUGGUCCAUUCAAGUCCCGGGUUGGUCUUGCCUCGCAUGAACUUCAGUGAUAAGCAGGGACAAAUAAGGUUUGCGGCCAAACUGAUAGCGGGUGUUUUGGACUUCAAGACAAUGAUUGACAACGAGACACUACCAGUGGAGUACAUGGGAGGAAAGCCCUUGUGUAUGAAUCAGUAUUAUGAAGUGCUGUCAUCCUGCCGUAUCCCUGGUCUGAAGAGAGACUCAGUGGUGAACCACGCCAAGAGCUCACCGCCUCCCAAACACAUCAUUGUAGUGCACAACUUUCAGUUCUUUGUUCUAGACGUAUACAACUGUGAUGGGACUCUACUCACAGGUGAUCAGCUCUUUGUUCAGCUGGAGAGAAUCUGCAGCGCCUCACUACAGACCAACGCGGAGCCCGUCGGCAUCCUGACCACCCAGCAUCGCGACUCCUGGGGCAAGGCCUAUAUCAACCUCAUCAAGGAUAAGACCAACAAAGAUUCUGUAUCAGCUAUCCAAAGAAGCAUCUUCACAGUGUGUUUGGAUGGAGCAAUGCCUGAAGUGUCUGAUGAGAUGUACCGCAGCUCUGCUGCCAUCCAGAUGCUGCAUGGAGGAGGCCCCCAAUGGAACAGUGGCAACCGCUGGUUUGACAAGACGCUGCAGUUUAUUAUUGGAGAAGAUGGGACAUGUGGUGCAAACUACGAGCAUGCCCCAGCUGAAGGCCCACCCAUUGUGGCCUUGAUUGACCAUGUUGUAGAAUUCACGAGGAAGCCAGAGAUGGUGCAGCGUCCCAUGGUGCCUUUGCCCAUGCCCCAGAAGCUACACUUUAACAUCACGCCUGAGAUCAAGAAAGACAUUGAGGAGGCCAAGCAGAGUAUGACCAUACUUGCCCAAGACCUGGAUAUGAGGGUUAUGGUAUUUGGCCACUUUGGAAAAAAUGUCCCAAAGGCCCACCAGAUGAGCCCUGAUGCCUUCAUACAGAUGGCACUACAGCUGGCCUACUACAGGAUGUACAAAUGCUCCUGCGCCACAUAUGAAAGUGCCUCCCUGCGUAUGUUCAGAUUGGGCCGGACAGAUACAGUCCGAUCAGCCUCAGGUGCCUCAGCUGCCUUUGUCAAGGCCUUUGAUGACCCCAGCAAACAGAACACAGAGAAGGUUGAUCUAAUGGAAAAAGCUGUAAAAGCACACAGGUCAUACACUAAUAUGGCAAUCAGGGGCCAGGCUAUCGACAGACACCUCCUGGGCCUUAAGAUGCAGGCUGUUGAUGAAAAACUCUCCAUGCCUGAUAUCUUCAAAGACGUUGCCUAUGCCAAAGCCUUACACUACCAGCUGUCUACAAGUCAGGUACCAUCCAAGACAGACUGUUUCAUGUGUUUCGGUCCAGUUGUACCCAACGGAUAUGGCGUAUGCUACAAUCCUAUGAACGAUCACAUCAACUUUGCUGUGUCAUCUUUCAACGCCUGUGAAGAAACAAAUGCAGAAAGUCUGGCCCAGGCUGUGGAGGAUGCACUGGUAGACAUGAGGACACUGCUUGAACAAACUCCAAGACCCAAACUGUAAAGCUCCUCCAGGCUUUAAUAAGCUCUUCGUAGAUGAAAUGGAUGCUACAGGACUAGUCUCGGUGAUCGCUCUAAUGAGUUAAACCUGAUAGGAUUAAGUGACAUUAUGGUGACCAUAUCCCACACCUGGUGCAAGACUAUCAAGCUCCAGUUGGUAGUCUGAACCAGUAUGUUCCUUGCUGUUGAAAUGCAUAGACAUUAAAUCAAGUGAUAAUUAUGUACACAUUUUUUAUAGACACUUCUGUUGUUACACUGAAGUGCAAACACUGAAAUAUCAUCAUCCAGAAUCAAAAACCUGUUUACGACAGAAAUAUUCAAAUGUUUGCCACAGAAAUGAUCUUGUUAAUGGAUAUGGAUUGAUAUCUUAUGAUCAACAAAUCCCCUCAUGAGACCAAAACCAACAAUCAGUUGGUUCUAAACCUGCAACACACUAUUUUAAACACUGAUUAAUCAAUUAUGUAAUUUUUAAGGCAAAAAUGACAAAAACUCAAGAGUUCCAGCUUCUCAAAUCUUUAUAUUUUCUAUGAAUGUUAACUGAAUAUCUUUUGGACUGUUGGUCAGAUAAAACAAGACAUUUGAACUUUUUUUGGUUUAUGCCUGUGUGCCUCAGAUCUCCGUUGUCUGAAAACUUCUGUAUUAGUUGACUUUGCACUUCAUCAAAGUGAACAUGGCCAGUGUGGAUUAUUCUGACAUAAAUUUAUGACGGUAUUUUUGAUUGCUACAUUGCUGCAUUGUAUGGGGCCCAUCAGCAGUCAUACGGUACAAAAUUACAGAUGGAGAACCCCACAUGACGGGGACGGGUCAACCAUACGCUCGGUUUAGCAGUCCAUGCACUCAAAAUGAUAAACUCUUUGCACAGAUUAAGAAACUGCAUCCACAGGUUCUGUAUCUCCGUGAACAUUUUAGCUCACUGUUUUCCUCAGAUAGUGACAUCAGACUUGUCUGAUUGACUUGUGGUGGCCAGUUAGCAUUAAAUCCAUGUUUGUUGUGCAAUAUAGUGAACAUACAGUAGGUGUAACGGAUGAAAUGAAAUUAUUAUGAAAGUAGAAAUUAAGGUAAUUAAGGUGUGUGUGUGUGUGGGGGGGGGUGUGAGUGUUCAACACUUCCUUCUGAUUCAAAUACAUUUUUUAAAACACGUGCUGUGACUUAUUACUGGUUUUGUCCUUACAGUAGCAUUUUUUGUAAGUUUUAGGGUGGCAACUUUGUCUUUUCUUUGCUCCAUUGCCUUAUGAGAUGUUUGGUAUCAGCAAAUACCAUGCACUUGUGCAGUUACAUUAAUCCAGAGAUUUAAAGUUGCACUUCCAUAAAUUUUGGAGUCAAAAGAAACAAAUUUAAAAAAUGUACAAGUAGAUGCAGAAAUACCCAAUCCUCUGUAUGGGUAAAGCUCUAAAAACACUAGAUUCUACAUGUCUGAUAAUGCAGUUAGGUGGCAUCUUUUUUGUCAGACCCUCCAUGGCUUGUACACACCCACAUCUAUUUUAAUCUGGUAUCAUAUUUGUAUAAAAUCACAAAAUGAGAAGGCAGAUUAUGUCUGGAGAUCCUGUUUUAGGAGAGACUUAAAUUGAUCUUUUCUUCUUUCCUGAAUUCCAGGAAACCAUGGCCCUGUACAGUACUGUAUUUGUCAAUGCACUUGUUUGGAGUUUUGGGAACUCGCUUCUGCAACCCUCUGUUCAUUUUCUAGUUCCUCAUUUGUAGGUUUUGCCACACAUAUUGUUGAAUCAUCAGCAUACAAACAACCCAUUGCCUUGUUUGUGAUUGAUGGUAAAUCAUUUGAAACAAAAAAAAGGCAAAUAAUAGUUUCCCUGAGGUAUCCUGCAACUUUUAGACUUUACACUUAAAAAUGAUCCAUUAAAAAAAGAAAGCCUGUUUAUGUUAUUAAUAAGGAAUAUAAUUUUCACUUUGAAUGACAUGCCUCACAUGAACAUUUUCUCACAAUCUCCUAAUCGCAUAUAAACUUUGUUAGAGGGGAAAUGUAGCAAAAACAUAAGGCUAUUAACAGUUGCUGCACACCCACACACUUGUUUUCAGUCAUUCUGGCUGACUACAUCAUGCAGUCUGUUAUAACUGGGCCAAAUUUCAUUGAAAAGUUUCAAUUUUGUUGAUUAUAAUCUUUAUUUUAAUGGCAUUAAAUGCUCGUAUUUUCAACAUAUAGCCAAAAUAACCAAAAGCUUUUAAAAGAAAUGUAAACUUUUACACGUAUUACAGUGUUAUAAGCAGGUCUACAAGUGAGGUGCAGUAAUGGCAGCUUGUCUGCUUCUGUCUACAACCCAGCUAGACCACAAGUGUUUAAGGAGUUUUAAAUUCUAAUUCUUACAACCAGGCCUGGUCCACUUCAAACCACUGAAAUAAAUCAAACACCAAAAUGGAAAUGCAGAAAUCUCUCAUGUAAAAUAACCGAAACUACUCUAACCUUUCAGAAAACUAUCUUCAUGUA